CUCUAAUAUUUACAUUCUUCUGUUCAAGAGCUUCAGAAUUUGAUUCCUGAAACACUAAGAGGAGCUCCAGGACUGAUCUUCUUCUGAAGUCUCUCGUCCAGUUUCUCCAAAGAUCAGAGACUUUGAAGGAGCAGCUAAAAAUUCAAAGAUGCAGAGUGCUGGUCUGCUGUCAGUCCUGGUCCUGGUUCCUCAGCUGGUCGGCGGUCUUCCUGGGGUUCCUCCUGUGGACUGCAGUGAUAUCUACGAGCAGGACAACAGCAGACCCAGUGGAGUUUACACCGUCUAUCCUGUAGAAGACACAUAUGGUGUCCAGGUGUUCUGUGACAUGGAUUCCCUCGGAGGACAGUGGAUGGUCUUCCAGAGGAGGAUGGACGGUUCUUUGAACUUCUACAGACCCUGGGAUUAUUACAGGACGGGUUUUGGUUCUGCUGAUGGAGAGAUCUGGCUCGGUCUGGAGAAUCUCUUCCAGCUCUGUUUGAGGAAGAAAUACGAGCUGCUGGUCGACAUGGAAGACUUUGAAGGAAACAAAGCGUACGCUCGCUACUCCUCCUUCUCUGUUGGUCCAGAGACUGAAGGAUACAAACUGGAGGUGACGGGAUUCACCGAUGGAGGAGCAGGAGACUCUCUGAGUUACCACAGUGGAAAUAAAUUCUCCACCUUUGACAAAGACCAGGACAAGUUAGCUAGCAACUGUGCUAAAUCCUAUUUAGGGGCGUUCUGGUAUGGACAGUGUCACUACACAAACCCGAACGGCGUUUAUCGCUGGGGGAGUGAUGGCGCCCUUCGUGCGAUUGGAGUGGAGUGGCACAGCUGGAAGGGUUAUGACUAUUCUCUGAAGACCAUCAGCUUCAAGAUCCGUCCUGUGAAAUAAAUCUGCAGGAGAAACGUUCAGCAGGUCCGUCUGUGAGGUUCUGAACAUCGAAAGAAUUGUUCAAUCAGAACAUGAAGAAUGAUUAGAUGAUGAUUGAGAGUAAAUUAGGAGAAGCAAAUGAAUAAAGUUCUCACUUUAUGCUUUAUGUUCUAAAACAACGUUUACUGCCCUCUUGUGGUCACUCAACAUCAUGUCAUUU